UCUGCCUUCCGAAUCACAGUCCGCCAUGGCAAAACGAACCAGUGCAUUACGCAAAGCUGGCUGGUUAGUGGUUAAGAACUGGCUAAUGCGUAAGAAGCGUCGAAUAGAACUUGCGCCCAAGCGAACGUGGAAAAAAUAUUGGGUGUGCCUCAAAGGCACGGUGCUACUCUUCUUUCUCUGUGAUGAUCAUGGCGAGGUCAGACCUGAUGCAAUACCACGCCACCUUCUGGUGAUAGAAAGUGGCAUUGCUCAAGCUGUCCCCGAGCAUCCCAAGAGAGAAUAUAUCUUUGCUCUCAGUACGGCCUAUGGGGACGCAUACCUCUUCCAGGCGCAGUCCUUGACGGAGCAAGAUAACUGGAUCUGCGCUAUUCACUCAGCCUGUGCGUCAUCCUUCGCCCGACAGCACGGAAAAGACAACACACUCAAGCUGCUUAAAUCAGAGACACUCAAGUUAGAAAAUAGUAUAGAUAUGGACGUCAAAAUGAAGAAAAUGGCUGAACUUCAGAUGUCCGUCGUUCAGGAUCCGCGGAGCAAAACCGCCAUCGCUAAACAAAUCGCACAAUGGGACGAGAAUCUGGAGAAGCUGUACGUGGAGCAGUUUCGGUUUCGAUGCUACGUAGCUUCGCUACAGGGCACAGAGCUUCCUAACCCUAAGAACCUGCUCACUAAUGCAAGUAAGACCACCAAAACGCUUUUGAAUCGACUUGGUGUGUUUACGAUGACGGCAUUCCACGCGUUGGUGUCGGCAAGAUCUCCUAUCGCUGCUGCUAAAUACUACAAAUCAUCAAGGAAGAAACUUCGGCAGCGGCCAAAGUUAAAACGGUCUGACAAGGACGUGGUCGACUUGACGCCGAUCGAGCAUGACUCGGCCGAGGAAAGAUUCGCCGAAAAGACGCCAAACAUCGGCGACAGUCUCGUGCGAAUCGUCACACCGGGUAAACAACAAAUAGUGCUUCCAAUACACGAUAAGUUGACAGUCGAGGAGUUGCUCGAUAUGGCUAGCAUGAAGCGGCGGUUGAACGAACGAGACUAUUAUCUUCGGUUCAGGAAGCCGAACUCUGAAGAUUAUCUUGCCGUUAAGAAGGAUAUGAUAGUCAAAAAGUUGAUUUUCGAUCAAAUCGAGCUCUGUCAGAAGAUAGUCUUCCAGUGUGAACUACUCAAACCGGACCUGCGUGGAGAUUUCGGCCUCCACAUUGAGGCGGAGUUGUCUCAUGACACCGUAAAGGAGGACGAACUCAGGGUGUUCAUUAAUGAUGUCAGGAGGGGAUCCUUAGCGGAGGGAAAAGGUUUAAAGGCCGGCGAUGAAAUUCUCGUCAUCAACGGAAAAAUCGUCUCAGAACUCGACAUGGUCUACAUCGAGGGCAUGUUCCAGGAGCGAGAGUCCGUCUGCCUGACUGUUCGUUCCUGUCGUUCCCAGCGGCCGUUCUCCGCAGCGCAACAGGAGCACGCCGACAAGUACAUCCAGAACAUGGUGGUGCCGCCCCCACCAAGCUCUUCACGUCUCAGCGAUAAGACCAUCGGUGAGCUGAUAGUCCCCGCGCCGGUAGUACAAACACCAACGAUAGAAGAGCGGUCCGAUUCUCCACACUCUUCCUCAGUGGCCUCCUCCAGAUCAGACAACCAGAUCGCAUCAGAUCAGAUUAGUAAUCUACUACAUUCGGCCGAGCAGGUGACCGAUCUAUGUCGGAAAGGGGAUCGGGACAGCAUUGGCGGUAAGGUGGCAGCACUCUCCGAUGCUCAGCGACUGAGGAAGUGUAUCAUGGAGCUGAUAGAAACAGAGAGGGCGUAUGUCCAGGAUUUGAACAAUUUGAUUGAGCGCUACCUUGAACCUCUUAAAGCAGAGACGUUCCUUUCUAGUGAAGAUAUUGAACAACUGUUUGGCAAUAUACAAGAAAUAGUGCAGUUCCAGCGUCUUUUCCUCCGGAGUUUAGAAGAGGCCAUCGAGAUGGAACCCGAUUUCAUGACCUUGGUGGAUACCAAACAAUUCAGGCGCAUCUUAUUUUCGCUUGGAGGUUCGUUCCUCUACUAUGCGAACCACUUCAAGUUGUAUUCGUCUUUUUGUGCCAGCCAUUCGAAGGCCCUCAAAGUUCUCAAUCCCGCCCUUCAUUCUUCGGAUGAUGAGGCAAAUGAAGCCCUUCGAACAUUCCUACGCUCCCGCAACCCACGACAACAGCAUUCCGCAACCCUCGAGUCCUACCUCAUCAAACCGAUACAGCGCAUCCUCAAGUAUCCGCUGCUUCUUAAUCAGCUGAAGAGUCUGACGCUGUCCAACACGGAGGAGAACUAUCAUCUCAGUGCCGCUAUGGUGUCAGAGGCGCUCAAAGGGAUGGAAACAGUCGCCGAGCACAUCAACGAGAUGCAGAAGAUCUAUGAGGAAUACGGCGCUGUCUUCUUCGAACUCAUGAAACUGUACCGCGAAGCUCAUCCAACACGAAUACCAAUUGAUCUCAAUAUCGGGGAGCUUCAGAUGUAUGGGAUAGUCGAGUGGUUGAACGCCUCAGCUGACCUUGGAAAGAUCAAGAAAGGUCAGGAGCUGAUCACGUCGUGUUUCGUCUUCAAGUCUGGAGUCGUCCUCAUGUGUAAAGAGAGGAUUAAACAGAAGAAGAAGAGGCCUCAGAACCCAAACAAAGCACCGACGCCCGAGGUGUUAGAGUUUGUCCGCUUCCAGACGUUGAUUCCCGUCAACGAGGUCCAAGUCCGCAGUAGUAACCAUGACAUGGGCAACAUCUAUUGGUGGGAGCUCGUCCAUCUGAGGGCGGAGAAUUCGGGCCGCCCAGAGAAGGUCUAUCAGUUGGCCAAUAGGCUGAUUCUUGUGAGCACCCCUGAGGCCAAGAACGACUUCCUCCGUACGAUUCGACAGAUCAUUCGCGAAAGCGUACGCAGAAUGUCCAUUCCAAGACAGCAACAGCUCCAGAAACAAAAGGUCAUGAUGCCGUCGGGUGUGCCGCCGAUGGCGGACGUCCCGAAGAAUCCGCGUAGCAUCGCAAAACGGCGCAUACAGCAAUUAGAGACACAGGAGAGACAUUCGAUGGAUUUAACCGAUCAUUUUAAUGUUAUGGAAUACGAAGCGGAUUUUAGGACUCGAAGCAAAACGUUGGGGAAUUUGAACAAUAUGGACAUGGGAAGCAGCGAAGAUACUGCUCCUGACCUGGCAGCAUCUUCAGUAUCUCAGAUAAGCACGACAUCAUCGACGUCACAGGUCAGUAAUCAGACAAUGGAGCGGCCGGGUUCUGCGCGGUUAUUGUAUUCAAGUAAUAAUCCCUUAACUUAUUCCUACUCAUCGAUCAGUAACGCUGGUAGCGACCUGGGUUCUCCGAUUUGGAAGCCGCGACAGAUUCCGCAAAGUGCUAAACCGACCAAGGCGGGGAAAAGUAAACGUCAUCACCAUCAUACUAAGAUCGUGACGGAGCAUGACCGUGAUGUCAUGUCCGGUGCUUCGGCGUACGGCGAUUACGCCGGUAUUAUGUACGGUGAGAAGAGUUCAACGGCGGGAUCGCCGAGUACUGUUUUAGAAAGUGUCGAGGAUACGGAAUGUUGAUGAUUCGUGCCACUAGGUGGAGUUUAUGUUGUUGUGAAUUAACGGCAGGGAAGUGGCAGCCGCUGAUUUCAGUAGAUUUUUUGGGGACGUUACCUCCAGGAGAAUGAAAAAUGAGGGAAAGCUUUUAAGAAGAUGGCAGGUGUCUGACGAUGAUUCCUUUUAUCAGUUCCAUUAACUUUUUUACUGCCAGUUCGGAAAUGCCUGCACGCUAUUACUGCCCAGCUACUCAUGUUAUUUCAAAACCUUAGAAAUGGACAACGAAUUGGGCUGCGCCUCAUCGAAUUAUCUCAUCCUGUUUAUUAAGACUUUAUCUUUACCCUGUAAAACAUCUUUGAUAGUUGUUUGAUAUUUGCUGAAAUGUACAAAUUUGCAAGGGAGUUUUCUGUCUUUUUCCAAUAAAUUGACGGAUUUCAAUUUGUGCGACUACACACUCAAGCUUGGCAGUGUUGGUCUCAUUCAAUCUGCAUUAUUGACAGCUAACUCCAAAAGAAACCUGACUGACAUCUAUCGGAUUGGUAGAAGAAAAAGGGGAAACGUAUCUGUACGUGUUAGGCCAUGAGUUGCUUAGUUCUGUAUACGUGUUUGGACGCGUUUGGCUGAAAAAGACUUCCAUAUGAGCUUGAUUUAUCCUUUCGCUGUGCCUCAUUGCACACCGAUUUUUAAAACGAGUGCUGUAAACCGCCAACAUUGUACACCCCUUUAUUUGGCAAAAGGUUUAAGAAACAGAACUUGUACAAGCACUUAGAUGGACUUUAUCUGUAACUUCCGAUUGAUUUAUUGGCAUUUUCGAUCCCAUGUCUCGAACUUGAUGCACGUAGAUGAUGGAGAUCACUGUUUACUGUAAACAUUGGAAUAUUUGCAUAACUUUUUUCUAUCUCUUUCUUGUUUUGUGAUAAUCGCAAAAACAGAUUGCAGCGAAAAAGAAAAUGUCAUCGAAAUCACUCUCACACGGCAAAAGUUGCAAUUUAGACAAAAAUGUCCAAAAAAUGGCUGCGAAUAUUUCCGGGUUCACAGUGCUCCAUUACAGUACAUGUCCAAAGUAAAUGUCCACAUCAGUUUCCACCAUAUCCCUCUAAUUUGUUGCUCAUCUUCAAAAGACCAUCAAUUUGAAAAUAAUGCACACCGUUUCUUUCUUUUUAAAGGGGAGCUAUAGGCAGGAGCAGAUGGUCUAAUUUGGCCAUCUUCAAGUGACUAAUAUACAAUGUAAGGGUCCUGGGUCAUGUCAGACUCGGCACUAAAUAUAUUCCUUGUACAAGCGUGAAUCAUUUCGACGUACUGUGAGAUGUGAGAGACCCCUAUUGGCGGCUUUGUGUAACUUUAUCUUGCCUGCCUAGCUGCUGCCUAUAUUGUCCCUUUAAGUUCCUGGUUCAGUUUUCAGUUAUGUGAUCUGACGAGUGCUUUGUGCAUGAGAAUCGAAAAUGCUGCUGACAUUUACUUUUGACACGGACUGUCAUGUUACAUCUUAAACGUGUGUGUGGUUAUUUUUUUGCGGUAUUAGUGAUGUGAUUUGGUCGAGAAAAAUGUGCGACACAUGCUGGCCUGAUAUGGUAUUGUAACAUUUAGCCUUAGUCCGUUUCAAGGUUGCUAGACUUGAUAUUUCUGUAUAGAAUCUGUAUAACAUGUACUAGUAUUUUGAUUUACUUGACUGGAUGUAUAAUCUAAAUUUGGCGUUCUCCUGUCUUCAGACAAAGUGAAUGAAACAUUUUUAGUGCCCAUCCUCCUUAUUUUUAUGCACAUCACCACAAUGUUCGAUUUUUUAUUUCUUGAAAUAUCUGAUAACCUUUGACAGUCUUACAAAUAGUUUUUAUCCAAUUUGCAGGAACUAACAUAUUUGAUUCAGUUCAUCCUUUAUUUCACUUACAAAUAACUGUUGGUGUCCAUGCAACUGUCAAUGUUUAAUCUUGUACACCCCCUCCUCAAGGGCAUGACACACUCAUGACAAGUUUUCUGAAUCUGGUGGCAAAAGCUAUGGACAUCCAAUAGCGACUGUCAAAAACAGAAUCGGCUAGUUACACCCCUUGCCAAAGACAUGUCAAGACAUAUGACCCCACUUUGAUGAGUGUUCAUCAAGAUUGCAACACAGUUACAUGUACAGGCUCAUAAGGAUGCAUGGGGUGAUAUGCCAGAUGAAUACUUCCUCUAAUUAACCACUGGUACGUGAUAUGUAACUCCCAAGUCACUGACAAUUCCAUGACUCAGCAGAAGGGGGGGGGGGGUACAAGACCUGCAUUGAUACAUGUAGUUGCAUUUAUCAGGUGUUAUCCAAUACAAACUUUGCUUCAAAAUUA